UUAAUUUAAUUAUUCAACAAUUAAAGGAAAAUAAUAAUGUCCUGAUAGUUUUUGGCUACAAUUGUAAUUAAUGCACUCCUUACCUCUCCUGAAAACGCACCGUUUUAACCUUCCUUCACCACUACCACCCCAGCCCAAAUCGUUCCGGUAUUCAAUAUUUCCGUUCCCUGAGAUUUUCUGCGAUUCUCUUCCUUUGUUUCUGGGCAGCCUCAUAUUCGAUUUUUCUCCAUUUGCGCUCAAUCUUCAAUCUUCCUCAGCGAUAUCAGAUCGAUUUUCAUGCUUCGAUCUUCAACAACGAAGACGAUAUUUUUUUAUUUUUCGGAGGCUUAGGCUUGAGAUUGAAGCUCCGCCUGUUUCCAAUUUUUUUCGAUUCUCCGGUGCGACGUCUAACCGUUUCACUUGGUAAUCGAUUUCCAUGCAUUCGGGUCGGGAAAAGAUUUGGAGUCUGAAUUUUUGCUUUACUGCGGCAGUUUUGUUCUUGAUGACAAUUUAAAUUUGGUGGCAGCUACAUUUGCACUAGGCAUCUAAACUUUCAUGGAUACUAGCAUUUCUGAGAGCAGUUCCCCAACUCAACUAAAAUGGAGAAAAGUGGCUUAUGGAGGGAUGCAGCCUGGGUUUGAUGAUAACCACACCGAUGAAACUUUCCUUGAAGAGAUGGUCACAAAUGCCAAUGUCGUUAAAAGGAACAUGGUAAAUUUGAUGCUGGAUUCAGUUUCCAUCUCUCAAUAUCUGUGUAUUGUCUCAUUGGUUGUCAUGGUUUGGACCUACACCCUUAGAUCAACUCUUGACGAAAAUUCACUAUUGUUUCUUGAUUUCGGCCUUCUGGGAUUGGGUUUCCUAGUCCUGUUGCUAACUGAAGAAAUGCUUUCCCUUAAUCUCCUCUUUCAUUAUUUUCUAAAUAUUUCCUUUUUUAUGACUGGGUUAUAUGUUUUGGCUCCAAUAUAUCACACUCUUACAAGGUCCAUAAGCUCUGACUCCAUUUGGGCAGUGACUGUUGGACUUCUUUUGAUCCAUCUCUUUCUCCAUGACUAUUCAGGAUCUACCAUAAAAGUUCCAGGGGCUCUUAAGAAUCCUAGCUUGACCAGCUGCAUCUCUUUAAAUGCUUCGGUUGUGGCCUCAGUUUUUGUUGCUUCACGCCUUCCAUCGAGGCUGCAUGUUUUCGCCCUCAUGUUAUUCUCUUUGCAAACCUUCCUUUUUGCUCCAUUGGUUAGUUACUCUAUUAAGAAGUACUCCUUUUGCUUGCACAUUUGGUUUUCUUUCGGCCUGAUGAUGAUCACAUUAGCUUUUGUUUAUACACUGCAUAGUUUACUUUUCGUGUUGUUGUUAGGUUUAUUGGUUUUCAUUACUGUAAUCUGCCCUUAUUGGCUUAUACGGAUUCAAGAAUACAAGUUUGAGAUCAAUGGCCCAUGGGAUGAGGCUAAACUUUGUUUUGAUAUAACAGAUUGAAUAUUUUGAAAGAUGGCCCCAUUAUUUGAAA